AUGUCAGGAAGAGGAAAGGGAGGCAAGGGAUUGGGAAAGGGCGGAGCAAAGCGUCACCGAAAAGUUCUCCGAGACAACAUCCAAGGUAUCACGAAGCCGGCGAUUCGCCGAUUGGCGAGGAGAGGUGGAGUUAAGCGUAUCAGUGGCCUUAUCUAUGAAGAAACACGUGGUGUGCUUAAGAUCUUUCUAGAGAACGUCAUUCGUGACGCCGUGACUUACACCGAGCACGCUCGCCGGAAAACUGUCACCGCCAUGGAUGUGGUUUAUGCUUUGAAACGACAGGGACGUACUCUUUAUGGAUUUGGAGGUUAA